AUGCAGGGGAUCUUGGUGAUGGGCUUGGUUGCUGCGGCGUCGGCUGCAAGCCUGACGACGACGUCGACGUCAACGAUCACGACGACAACAACGAUAUACUACGGGGCCGAUGGCGUGAACAGCGUGGUGUUGGAUAUGGCCAAGGGCUUGAUGGCGGUGGGGAUGAGUGCAUCGGUGAACACUAGCUCGACGGUGAGCGCGUGGAACUCGCAGCUCUGGUCAGCGGGGAACACAACGACGGCGACAGCGAAUCACACGUCUGCGGCGACGCACGGGUCGACGGUGCAGCUGACGACGCACAACAAAACAAGUACGGCCGUGACGGCGCCGCCUGCUAGCGUCACACCUACAGCGGCGCUCAGCUCGUCGGCAGCGCCCAGCUCGUCAAAUGCGUCGGGCCCGGCGAGUGCGCCCGCCUCUAGCCCGGGGCCUAGCGUCUCAUCUUCCGCGGGCGCUGCGUUGCUGGAUGCCCGCGGCGCGAUUUUGCUCGGGGCUCUUGGUGCUGUUGUGCUAGAUCUAUGUUGA